AACUCGCGUCACUUCCUGAUUGGUCACAUGUCCAGUUACAACUUCCGGAAUCAAAAGCGUACAACAUUUGAAUUUCCCUUCGUCUAGCUACCUUCGCCACCUGAUGUGGAUUUGGAUUUGGCAAUCAAAAUUCAAAGAGCAGAGGGAAACAUGAAUGAUGAUACCUGCAAGCUCUUCCAAAGAGUCGCUAAAAAGAUGGGAUGGGCUGCUGAUGGAGGUUUGGACACGGCAGAACAAAAGCUGAUGACAUCAAUUGGCAAGAAUCGCCACUCUGCCACAAGUAGUUAUCCGCCUGUGGAUCCAUCAGUUUCUCCUGUCAAGUUUGCCCUCUCUGACAGUGAAGAUAAUUCAGACAAAGAGAACCAGCGCUCCAUGGGAAACAAUUACAGAACCAAGUCUUUGAUUGAGUCCAGUGAUGAUGAUGACUUUGACCAGUUUCUUGUUGGAAGGGCAACGCCAAAAGCUCAAAAAAGCAUACAGAAACCAUGUAGUGCUGUAAAGAAAGAAAGUUCAAAUAUUCAUGUGGUGAGCUCAGAUGAUGAUGAUGGCAGCUUCGAGACAUUUCUGCAUCGAGUGAAAACUCCUAUUGCAAAGCCUAAGAAGAUAUCAGAAAGUGGGAGUGAAGAUAGCCUGAAAAACUUCAUAGUGGAGGAUUUGUCAUCAGAUGAAGACUUUAUUGAGCCCAAAUUAUCUUUCAAAGUGCCUAAGAAGAGCAAUACUCAUACAGCUCAGCAUCUCCUGAGGAGGCCUCUGUCUCAGUGCGACUCCCCAGUCUUUGUUAGUGACAGUGAUGAGGAUGAUGACAAUAUUGUGGUUAAGAGCACAUGGAGGACUCGUCACUCUAAACCAAAGCUCCCACAAAAAGCUACAAAGAGUGAUGCUCUGCUGUGUGAUGGAGAGGACAGUUUGCCAUCACGGACUCUGCCAUCCAUCCCUUCCCCUUUUACACUUCCCUCUCACAGAACUAUCACAUCACUGGCCUCCCCGAAACGCACACUUUCAGCCCCCUCUAAGCUGGAAGAGUCGGAAAGUUCAGAGGAAGAGUUCACAUCUUUGCUUGAGAGACUGAAAAGGAAAACCAAGCUCACUGGCACGCCGUUCUCACCCAGGAGCACCAGUGAAUGCAAUAAGGAGCUUCCUGUGUCACAUCCUCCAGUAAAGGGGCUCACAAUACCAGCCUCUAAACCCUUCGGAGAAUCACCUUGGCAAAUGAAGACACCAGGAAAACCCACCAUCUCAAAGCCCCCUCUAAGUCAGACAGAGCCCAGAGCUGGCCCAACCAGCAGGGUAGCAUUAUGUAAGACCCCAGGGUGCUUUUUGCAAUCUUUGUCAAACCCUGGGGCCAACUAUGGCCGGAAUUUUAAGCAAAACAAAGAAGAACUCACCAGCAAACUUUUCAAGCUGUACAACUCCAGUGUGUUUGACAAUAAGCUCCCCACCAAUAUGUCAGUUACCUGGAAUAAGAAGAUGCGUAAAACAGCUGGUUACUGUGUCACAGGGCAGGAGAGAGAUGGAGGGAGCCGCUAUGCCCGCAUUGAAUUAUCAGUGAAAGUCUGUGAUUCUGCAGAUCGUCUCAGGGACACACUGGUUCAUGAGAUGUGUCACGCUGCCACCUGGCUGAUCAACGGUGUAAGAGAUGGGCAUGGAAACUUCUGGAAGCUGUAUGCACGCAAGUCCACAGUGGCGCAUCCUGAGCUGCCCAUGGUCACUCGCUGCCACAGUUAUGAAAUCAAAUACAAAUUCCAGUACCAGUGCACCCGCUGCAAGAACUCGAUCGGGCGACAUUCUAAGUCCUUGGAUACACAGAGGUUCGUGUGUGCUCUCUGCACAGGACAGCUUGUUUUACUAACGCCUUCCAAGCCUCGUGCUCCCACGCCCUUUGCCAACUUUGUCAAAGAGAAUUACGGGACUGUGCGUCAGGAACUAGCCGGACAAAGCCACGCAGAAGUGAUGCGGAAGCUAAGUGCUGACUUUGCCUCCAAGACUAAACUCAGUCAGAGCUGAGAUCAAAGAAAACCUGAUUCUCAAAAUACAUCAAUUAACAAGUCUGACAUUAGUGAGCUGCUGUGAUUGUUUAUAUUCAUUCUGUUUUAGUCUUCUGUAUUUGUCAGUAUGUGAUUAUAGACUGGGUUUGCAGCUACUGGAAAAUCUGAGCCCCAACAGCCAAUUCAGGUUCAUAAGUGUGUCAGUUUACUUUUUAGUGUUUGCAGCACAGGCAGUGGAGAGGGAUGAGAUUUGUACCACGUUAUUCCCAGUAUAUUUAAUGCUUGAAAUACAUUUCAAAGGGAAUCCACAUUGUGGUAAGGAAAAUGUAUGAUAGCAUCUGCCUGUUUUUAUUUAUGUAUUUGUCUUGUUUUGUUAUGUUUUUGUUACGAUCCUUAUAAAUAAAACUUAAAUGAAUCGCGGUACCUGA